AGCUGGCUCAAGCAUACCGCUAUAACAAAAUGUCCCAAAGAAAUCUUGUAAAAUUACAAUUGAAUGAAUUAAAACAAAAAUGGCAACAAUUACAAGAUCUACCCAAUAUAUUUGCCUAUCGUUUGAACGUAAGCAAAAGCCGAUAUCUACCAGGGAAACACAAAUUCUAUGCAGAGUUAAACCCAGAACGAACUGCAUUGCGAAGGCCUCCCCAAACUAUAGCAUCUUUGGACCCUUGCUUCGAUGAGGACAAAUUUAAUUUUAACAAAAUCAAACCGGAAGAAUGUCUAAUGUUGAUUCCUUAUCAUGAACAAUCCAGCAUUUCAAUGAUUAUCAAUAAUAGUCCUUUGACCCUAUAUCAUACGCUGAUAUGUCCCAAUGUGGCUCAAUGUUUACCACAACGCAUCACUUUGGAGGCCUUGAGUUUUUGCGUAGAUUUCCUAAUGGCUUUGCUGCAGCAGGGUGAAUUGAAUUUUCGCAUAGGCUAUAAUAGCCCAGGUGCCUUGGCAUCGGUUAAUCAUUUGCAUUUACACUUGAUGUAUAUCGAAAAGGAUAUAUAUGUGGAUCAUGUGAAACUGCAAUUGCUAACUCAUCCCGAUAUAUAUCGCCUUGACGAGACCAUGCCCACCGAGGCGAUAUGUUUCCAAAUCAAUACAGAAGACAGCGAAGCUCUCAAAAUUGAAAAGCUACAAAGAUUAAAUGAAUUUCUACAAUGGUUGUGCAACAAUAAUAUGCCGCACAAUCUCUUCCUCACACCUGAGAGAGGCCAACAGCAAGGAAAACCCCUAAAAGUAUUUGUGUACGUGCGUAAGGAGUAUUGUUUUGUUAAAAAUGUGAAUACCUAUAAUAUAGGAUUUUGCGAAUUGGCUGGCUAUAUGCCAGUGGGAGCGCCUCAGUUAUAUGAUCAACUUAAUGAAUCUGAGGCUAUAGAAAGAAUAAACAAGGAGACUGGUGAUGUUUUUAGUAAAAUUUACUCAUACUUUCAAUAG